CCGCCAAGAGGGAAGGCGACAGGCCUUCUGGCCUCUUCGCGAGGAUGUCGCCGCCUCCUCGUCGUCGGCGACGACGUGGAUGUACGCGCUUCUCGACGAGGGUGGUUUACUGCCGGACACCAGCAGCGACGGCGUCGUCGAGAAUGAUGACGCGGUGGUCGCUACAGGCGAUGGCGCCUGCGUGAAUGAUCGCAUGCUGCACUAUCAUCAACAUCAGCAUCAGCAACAUUCCCAUCAGCAGCAGCAACAACGUCAUCAUCAUCAACUGCAGCAACAGCAGCAGCACCCGUCGGCGGAGUCCGAACUGGAUGAUCUUCUGCGAUUCCGCGGUACCGGAACUACGACCGGACAGGGACAGGAGGAGAUGGUGGCGCAGGAAAUGGCACAGGGCUACACCCAGCUCCUGCAUUCGGCGACGGCGAUGCCGGCACAGGAGACGCAGGAAUACAUCUCGCUGCAGGAGCUACAGCCGCGUAUUCACCACCAAGAGCAUCACCGCACCGUGCACAACACCUGCACGCAACUGGCUACGUCCGCCCCGCAACUCUAUCAUCAGCAUCAUCAGCAUCAACAGCAGCAGCGAACCGGUGGACAGCAACAGCAACACCAACGAGAUUAUUAUAAUCUCUCAUCCGUGCAGGAAAGUUCGUGCUCCACGGUUUAUUUUGGCGAGAUAGGCACGGGUACCGGGGUGGGAGAGCUAACCACCGCCUCGGCGGGGGGUGGUGGCGAAGGUCUCGCCCCGACUCCAACCAGCCCCGCCACCCCGCAGAUGGCGACGGGGGCUAAGCCGCCCCGGCACAUGGAGACACCCCCGACGAUGGUCCCCGACCAGCAGGCACCCGCCUCCGGCCAUCAAUAUCACCACCAUCACCAUCAUCAUCAUCAUCAUCAUCGACAUCAUCGUAGUACGUCAUCCAUCACGCCUAGCCAUGGACCGGCGACCGACACCUCGGACGAGUUCGCACCGGUUUCCAGAAAACGGAAGCUUUCUUGCCACAUUGGAAGCGAUCUCUUGGACGACUUGGGAGACGACGCCAAAUCAGUUCGCACAAACGACGACAGUAAGAAGCAGAAUCAUAGUGAAAUCGAGAAGCGCAGAAGGGACAAGAUGAAUACAUAUAUCACUGAGCUAUCGGCGAUGGUACCGAUGUGUCAUGCGAUGUCACGGAAGCUGGACAAGCUGACCGUGCUGCGAAUGGCAGUGCAGCACCUCAAGACUAUCUUCGGCGCGGUUACCUCAUACACGGAAGGUCAUUAUAAGCCUGCAUUUCUCAGCGAUCAGGAACUCAAGACGCUCAUACUUCAAGCUGCAGAGGGCUUCGUCUUUGUGGUGGGCUGCGAUCGCGGGAGAAUUCUCUACGUAUCCGAGUCCGUCUCGCAGACUCUUAAUUAUUCUCAGGGUGACUUGUUGGGUCAAAGCUGGUUCGAUAUCCUACAUCCUAAGGAUGUUGCGAAGGUAAAGGAAUAGAUGAGGGAACGACUGAUCGAUGCAAAAACCAUGCUACCGGUGAAAACCGACGUGCCCCAGGGUGUGUCACGACUUUGCCCCGGAGCCCGGAGAUCCUUCUUCUGUCGGAUGAAGCGUAAAGUCGACGGGGUCCGUUGUGGUGAGAUGCAAGUGAAGGAGGAAGCCGAUGCCACCGCUGGCUGCCAUAGGAGAAAGAAGCAACAAAACGUAGAUUGGAAGUAUUGCGUGAUUCAGUGCACGGGCUAUCUGAAGUCCUGGGCUCCCGCAAAAAUCGGUCUCGAGGAACAGGAAGGCGAGACCGACGGCGAAGCGUGCAAUUUAUCUUGCUUGGUAGCGGUCGGUCGAAUCCAAACGGCGAUAUCGACGGCCGCGUUGCCGUCGAGGAAGCCCCAUUCGAGACCCAUACAAUUCGUCUCGCGACACGCAAUGGAUGGCAAAUUUCUGUUCGUGGACCAAAGAGCUACUCCAGUAUUGGGCUUUCUACCUCAGGAACUGCUAGGCACCAGUAUGUACGAAUACUAUCACCACGACGACAUUCCUCAUCUGGCAGAAUCUCACAAAGCUGUGUUGCAAACUUCCGAACACGUUACCACGCAGAUCUACAGGUUCAGAAGCAAGGACGCGAACUUUGUACGGUUGCAGUCCGAGUGGAAAUCCUUCAGGAAUCCAUGGACUAAAGACAUCGAGUAUCUAAUCGCUAAGAAUUCCGCUAUCUUCUGCGAUACACGUCCAGGUGGAAAUAACAGAUCUGAGGACUCGAGCGUGCAAGGCAACUAUGAUUAUUUCACACAAAGUAACGGUGGAUUAGAAAGAUUGAUCUCGAGUCACGUGGAAGUAAGUAAGAUCGGCCGGCAAAUAGCGGAAGAGGUACUGGAUCUACAAAGACGUGGAGAAGACUCCUCCUCGGGUAGUAGUCCUGGCCCAGCGACAGAAACUGGUUUAUUGAACACCGAGUCGCAAAUGGUCACGACGACGGCAUCGCCAGAGAGAAUACCUGACAUUUCCCAGCCAAGUGGCAUCGGCAGCGACAAUAGCAGCAGUAAUCCCACGUCGACGUUCAACCACGUAGCGAACAACGUGCAGCUCAACAGCAUCGCGAAUGACCAAGGAGCGUCACCAGAUGACGACAUGAUGGACAUGAUUGGCGGCACCACGAUUAAUGAAUCACCAAAUCCGAUCCCGUCCGAUGGCAACGACGAGGCAGCAAUGGCUGUCAUCAUGAGCCUGCUGGAAGCGGAUGCAGGUCUGGGCGGUCCAGUGGAUUUUUCCGGAUUGCCAUGGCCGUUGCCAUAAUGCAUGUGCACUUUAGUCUGCAAUUUUAGAAUGCGGAGAAAUGUCUCCUGGUUGAACAAAACGCGCUUGGAACGAAUGAAUGAGACUUGGUGCUGAAAUGGUGCUCUUAAGAUAGGAUUUCAUUAAGUUAAGCGAACUAUAGCUUCCAAACAAAACUUCUACAUCGCAAUCAAUUAACUAUCGUUCUUCAUUGAUAUCGUGGAUUCGUAGUCCUAUGUAUAUAUAUAUAUAUAUAUGUUUAUAUGCUAUCUCUACCAAUAAAUAUCAACUGACAGUAAUGUAACAUUAAUGUCAUAAUUUUAUAGUCAACAAUAUAAAUGUAUUAUAACACUGUUAUACAUAACAGUUACAUUGUUGAGUACAAUAUAAUUAUAACGUUAUGUGUUACUGUUAGUUAAUAUUUUUAAGAAGAAGCUGGACUUCCUCUAUCUCUUGUCGUUGAUUUUUCAAAAAAGCACUUUCGUGUGAUGAAAUAAUUUGCGUUUACAUCAGCGAGAAAUAAGUGAAGAUUGAUGAACGCCCUCAGAGAUUACAGUGGUGUGACAAUAGUGUGGACAAUAACGUGUGAAUUUUUUCUUUUUUUUUUUAAGGGCAUCAUUCCUUCAAUACGGCUUCAAGGAUGAAGACUUUCAGAAAAUGAAUCU